AGGGAGGAGGCGGUAGCUACCUUCUGUCAUGCUGAAAAGCUAGAACGGGGCCUUCUUCAACUACUUCGCCAUGCACCAAGAUCCACAGAGACCUCUGAGGCUUUCCAGAAGCUCCUUCUGAAGAGUCCCUCUCCAUGUGUUAGAUCUUCCUCCUCGGCGCCUGGCCCUUCUCAUUUCCAUCUCUAUGCCGCAAGUCCUCUCCUGGUCAAGUCACAAGUCCCCAAGAGCUGAAGAACGUCUUAGUUCGAGCUGUGAAUUUAGUUUUGUGGUCUUUCAGUCUCAAGUCGGUGACAAAACAACACAGAACACGUACAAUCAGCAGUUUUAGUAAAUGUGCGCAAAUUACACGCCUUCACGCUGAGCGCGGUAACGCUUAAGAAAAUUUGUCCCACAUCGCUCUCCGUCCACCGCCCGGCUUUCCUGCGCGCGCGGGUCUCUCCGGCCUAGGAGACCGCGAUGGCGUUCCUGUGUCAGCGCGACAGCUACGCACGGGAGUUCGUCACCACGGUGGUCUCUUGCCGUCCCGCCGAGCUACAGACCGACUUGAGCGGCGGCAAGAAAGAAGUGUUGAGCGGUUUCCAAGUGGUUCUGGAAGACACGCUGCUUUUCCCCGAGGGCGGGGGCCAGCCUGAUGACCGUGGUACCAUCAAUGACAUCUCUGUGCUGAGGGUGACCCGUCAUGGGGCCCAGGCCGAUCACUUCACACAGACACCUCUGUCCCCUGGAAGUCAAGUCCAGGUCCGGGUGGACUGGGAGCGGAGGUUUGACCACAUGCAGCAGCAUUCAGGGCAGCAUCUCAUCACCGCGGUUGCUGACCUUCUCUUCGGGCUGAAGACAACGUCAUGGGAAUUAGGGAGACUCCGGAGUGUGAUUGAGUUGGACAGCCCUUCUGUGACUGCUGAGCAGGUGGCUGCCAUUGAGCAGAGUGUCAAUCAGAAAAUCAGAGACCGGCUGCCUGUGAGUGUGCGGGAGCUGAGCCUGGAUGACCCUGAGGUGGAGCAGGUGAGGGGCCGGGGUCUGCCCGAUGAUCAUGCUGGGCCCAUUCGAGUUGUUACCAUCGAGGGUGUUGAUUCCAACAUGUGCUGUGGGACGCACGUGAACAAUCUCAGUGACCUUCAAAUCAUUAAGAUUCUGGGCACUGAAAAAGGGAAAAAGAACAAAAGCAACCUGAUAUUUCUGGCUGGGAACCGGGUACUGAAGUGGAUGGAGCGAAGUCAUGGAAGUGAAAAAGCCCUGACCUCACUACUUAAGUGUGGAGCGGAGGAUCACGUGGAAGCAGUAAAAAAGCUCCAGAAUGCCACCAAACUCCUGCAGAAGAACAACCUGAACCUCCUUAGAGACCUGGCCGUGCAUACUGCCCACAGCCUCAGGAGCAGCCCAGCCUGGGGGGGUGUGGUCACACUACACAGGAAAGAAGGUGAUUCUGAAUUCAUGAAUAUCAUCGCCAAUGAGAUUGGGUCAGAGGAGACCCUCCUGUUCUUAACUGUAGGGGAUGAGAAAGGUGCUGGGCUCUUCUUACUAGCAGGCCCGGCAGAGGCUGUGGAGACCCUAGGGCCCAGGGUGGCUGAAGUCUUGGAAGGCAAAGGAGCAGGGAAGAAAGGCCGCUUCCAGGGCAAAGCCACCAAGAUGAGCCGACGGGCAGAGGCGCAGGCGCUUCUGCAGGACUAUGUCAGCACACAGAGUGCUGAGGAGUGAGGGGCCGGGACAUCAUGCCUGUGACCACAGCAAUCUCCUGGACAUUAAAAUAUCGUGACUCAA